AUGACUGAUUGUGAUCCGGCUCAACUCAUUCUUGAAUUCGACCAAGAAACAGCUUCUAGGAAAGAAGUAAUUCUUAAGAACAUGGAAACUGCAAUUAAUGGCAUGUUAAACGCUCUCGAAUUAACUUUAUUAUCAAUUCCAGAUUCUGUUCGUAAAAUGCCAAUGAAACGACUUGUUGAAGAGUUUGGAGGAGAUAUUCAAAAAGCUGCCUGCGCUUUCAUUCCGAAAUCUCCAAUGAAAACACCAACAAAAGGACAAACUACUCCUAAAAAGCCUACAAAGAAUGCAUUAUAUCAAAAUGCUUCUCUUUCAGAUCUUUUGAACCAAAAGGCUCAAAUGGCUCAAAAAUCUUCGGGAAGAAAAACUCCUACAAGGGGACGCCUUCCACCUAAGUUACCAGCAUCAAGUGCAAGACCUAAAACACCUACUAGAGAAAAACCUACCCCAAGAAAAAUUGCGGCAAAAUUAUGA